AUGGAAUAUGAGGACUCGUUUCCUUACCACGGUCCACUAGCUAAUUUGACUUCUACAAUACCCUAUGAUAACGCCAAGCUCCAAUAUUUCCUCACACGAGCACACACACUGGAUAUAGAGAUAAUACCUUUGAUACAAACGUUUGGCCAUAUGGAACAUGCGCUAAAACUAAAAGAAUUUCAGCAUUUGAGAGAAUCAAAAGAGCACCCCGACUCUAUAUGCCCAAGCAAUAAUGAAAGCAUAAAUCUAAUAAAAGAAAUGUUACAUCAGGUUAUAGACUUUCACACUACUAUCACACCGUUGAAACACAUUCACAUAGGGUGCGACGAGGUAUAUCAACUUAACAAAUGUCAAAAAUGCCACGACAGGAAUCUUGCAAACAGAAACCUAUUUCUUGAUCACAUGAAUACGGUAAAAACAUUAGUUUAUAAUUUCAAUCCACUAAUAUCAAUACUAAUGUGGGAUGAUAUGUUUCGCAAAAUUAAUAGAAAUCAAUGGAACGAAGAGACCAUGGCAAAUUUACAAGAAAUGGAACCUGUAUACUGGGAUUAUAGUCCAAACUUGGGGCGGGUAUCACAUAUGAAUUUAUUCCGUUACCAUGGGACUUUCAGGAACAUUUGGAUUGCUUCAGCAUUUAAAGGAGCCGACGGCAAACAAGCUUUUUUACCUGAGCUAAACAAGCGUUUCCAGAACCAUUACGCUUGGUUGAAUCUUAUUCUGAACUAUAUGUUUGCUGGUGAGAAAAAAGUGUUCAAUUUUAAAGGUGUGAUUCUUACUGGCUGGUCAAGGUAUAGUCAUUUAGAUCCUCUAUGUGAACUACUUCCAUCUUCACUGUCAAGUUUGGUAAUGAAUCUACUUCUAAUACAAAAAUAUAGAGAUGGCGUAACUAUAAGUGAUACUUUACUAGAGCCACAUGUAUUUUUGGAGAGAUAUAUAGUAAAGAAACUAACAGGUGAACUCAACUGUAACGAUAAUUUCAUCAUGCAUAAGAAUAUUGGUACAGCAAUAGCCACUUAUAAUAAUAAAAGUAACACUCUGGUGGCUUCGUUGAAACGGUAUAAAAUUCUCGUGACUGACAUAGAUGCCACUUUCAAGAAUGAUGUAGCAAUCGUUUCAUUGGUGGAAUACUAUUCCCAUAUCCGAAAUUUGAACGUACAACAUUCAGAAUCAGCUUUAAAUUGGUGCAAAAAAAUACUUAAAGAAAUACUACGCUGGGAAAAAGAAACUUCUCUGAUAUUAAUGAAAUAUUACGACAAAUUUGUAAUUGAAGAAUAUAUUGGCUAUAAAACAUAUUCAGUAAAAACAAAAAUCAAGAAGACAUUUCAUAACUUAAAACAGUAUUUGAAAGUAAAUGUUUGGAAAAGAAGGUCAUACAAUUUUUCAUUUAGAUGA